GAGGCAUUAGUCAAGUCAAUCGAAGACACCACAGAUGGAAAGUCAGCAGUGGAGGCACUAGCCAAAAAGCUGUUUACACCCAAUGAACUGCAGAGCUCUUCAGUCACUGGUUUUCAAUGCAACAAAGCGUAUGAAUCACGACCAGGCCUGAGUCCAUCAAGGAGGAGUCUUUUAGAAAGUUAGUUUAGAUUUCUCUAUAUUUUUUCCCUUUUUUCAACAUGCUUAAUAUACAUGUAGCAUUUUUUUGACCUGAGGAAGUCUUGUUGAGGUAACAAAAUCCCAAAAUUUGUUUGGUCAUGCCAAACCACGGCUCAUCUUACAAUGUAACCAGCAUCUGGUGUCACCAUUUAAAAUUGCUUCUAUGUGGUGAACAUUUUUCUGUUAAUAUCUUAUUUCCCAGGAUUAAGUACUUUGCAGUGGGAUACUAGUCAAAUUAUUAAUAGUCACUAAAUAAAUUUAAUAAUUAAAUAGAGGUAACAAACAUAUCUACUACCAUGCAGUUAACAUGCAUUAAAUUAAUUUCAUUUGGCUGUUUCUAUCUUACAGGUAUUGUGUUAAAGAAAAAUUUUCUGGCAGCCACAAGGUCAUCUGUUAGAAAGGACCUUGGCCUGGUUCUUAAGAAAGCGAGGGCAAGCAAAGAAAACAACAAGGCCAAAUGUAAAGGACAAGAACCCAGAAAGCUAUGA